UACAAACCCAAUGUUGGAUCUAUGUUAACCGUACGUGGAAUCACAAAUCUAUUUUAAAACUUAUAAGAAGGAAUGCAUCUUUUCCUUGUCAAACUAAUUUUUCUGCUACCACUGAUAACUCUGACAAGAGGCCUGAAAUGUUCUGAAAAAUGUCAGAAUGGUGGUACUUGUGUAGCCACCCCAGAUGGAAGAGGAGAGUGCAAGUGUCCUGACCGGUUUGCUGGUCCAGCCUGCCAGUUCACCAACCCUUGCUAUAGCUCGCCAUGCUGGAAUGGUGGGGUUUGUCGUGUGAUUAACCGUGACAACAAGGUGGACUUUGCCUGCACCUGUCACAUUGGUUACUCGGACAGACUGUGCCUCACUCCUACUGACAACGUAUGCCUGUCUUCCCCGUGCCGAAAUGGUGGAACCUGUGAACUCAUCAGCGUUCGCGAAUACAAGUGCAAAUGUCCGCCAGGAUGGUCAGGUAAAAACUGCCAGCAGGCGGACCCUUGCGCCUCUAACCCGUGUGCCAACGGGGGCCAGUGCACUCUGUUCGAAUCCCAUUUCAUCUGCAUGUGCACGCCGUUCUUCCACGGCCAGACCUGCAAGCAAGACGUGGACGAGUGCGCGCAGAACCCUUCCCUCUGCAAAAACGGCGGCGUGUGUAAAAACGAGCACGGCGCGUAUCGCUGCAGCUGCCCGCCCGAGUACGUCGGCAAACACUGCGAGACGCUUUACAUGCCGUGCAACCCUUCCCCUUGCCUCCAUGGUGGCACCUGCGUUCAGAAAGGAGACACUACGUAUGACUGCUCCUGUCUUCCAGGAUUUAGUGGUCGUAAUUGUGAAGAGAAUAUUGAUGAUUGCCCAGACCACAAAUGUCAGAAUGGGGGUACCUGCGUAGAUGGCGUGAAUACUUACAACUGCCAGUGCAAACCAGAGUGGACAGGCCAGUUCUGCACAGAGGAUGUGGAUGAGUGCCAUCUGAUGCCUAACUCCUGUCAGAAUGGUGGGACAUGCCUUAACACAGAGGGUGGUUACCACUGCGUCUGCGUUAAUGGCUGGACAGGUGACGACUGCAGCGAGAACAUCGAUGACUGCGCGGACGCGGCCUGCGACCAUGGGGCCACCUGCCAUGACCGCGUUGCCUCCUUCGUUUGCGAAUGUCCCCCUGGUCGCACAGGUUUGCUGUGUCAUUUGAAUGAUGCUUGCAUCAGUAACCCUUGUCAGAGAGGCUCCAACUGUGAUACUAACCCCAUCAAUGGACAAGCCAUUUGCACCUGCCCAUCAGGUUACUUCGGCUCAGCUUGUGACCAAGAUAUGGAUGAGUGCUCACUGGGUUCAAACCCAUGUGAACAUGGUGGGAAGUGCCUGAACACAAAAGGGUCGUUCCAGUGUAAGUGUCAGAGGGGUUAUGUCGGGGCGCGCUGUGAACUGGAUGUGAAUGAGUGCCUAUCGAACCCAUGCAAAAAUGAUGCCACGUGUCUUGACCAGAUCGGGGGUUUCAAAUGCAUAUGUAUGCCAGGGUAUGAAGGAGUCUUCUGCCAGAUCAAUACAGAUGAGUGUGCCAGCAUGCCUUGCCUCAAUGCCGGCACGUGUAUCGACAAGAUCAACAGCUACCAAUGCGAGUGCCCCACAGGAUUCUCAGGAAACCAGUGUCAAUUUGAUAUUGAUGAAUGCGCCAGCACUCCAUGUAAGAAUGGGGCCAAGUGUAUCGAUGGGCCCAACAAGUAUACCUGCGAAUGCACUGAAGGUUACACAGGUCAGCACUGUGAGUCAGAUGUUGAUGAGUGUUUCUCGAACCCUUGUCACUAUGGCACCUGUAAAGAUGGACUGGCCUCAUUCACAUGCCAGUGUAGGCCUGGAUACAUGGGUCGUCUGUGUGAGACCAACAUUAAUGAGUGUCUGAGUCAACCCUGUCAGCAUGGAGGGACAUGCCAGGACAGAGAAAACACUUACCUCUGCAUCUGUCCCAAAGGAACUACAGGUGUUAACUGUGAAAUCAACUUUGAUGACUGUAAGAGUAACCCCUGUGACUAUGGCAAGUGCAUGGAUAAGAUCAACGGCUAUGAAUGUGUCUGCGAGCCUGGCUACACAGGAACGAUGUGUAAUAUCAACAUUGACGAGUGUGCCAUUAACCCCUGUCUGAAUGGUGGCACCUGCAUUGAUGGUGUGAAUAGUUAUACUUGUAUGUGCCAAGAGGGCUACGAUGGUCCUACAUGUCAAUUACAACUCAACGAAUGCCUUAGCAACCCCUGCAUCCAUGGACGUUGUGAAGAUAAGGUCAAUGGCUAUAACUGUGUCUGUGAUUCGGGUUGGAGCGGACCCAAUUGCGACAUUAACAACAACGAGUGCGAAUCCAACCCCUGCAUGAAUGGCGGAACCUGCAAGGACAUGACCAGUGGAUACGUGUGCACCUGCCGAGCUGGAUUCAGCGGUCCUAACUGCCAAACUAACAUCAACGAGUGUGCCUCCAACCCUUGCCUGAAUCAAGGAACCUGCAUUGAUGAUGUGGCCGGCUACAAAUGCAAUUGCUUGCUGCCUUACACUGGUGAAAAUUGCGAGACCUUACUGGCGCCUUGCGGCCCCAAACCCUGUAAGAAUGGAGGAGUAUGCAAGGAGUCUGAGGAUUACGAGAGUUUCUCAUGCGUUUGUCCUGAAGGAUGGCAAGGCCAAACCUGUGAGUUUGACAUCAACGAGUGCGUGAAGAACCCUUGUCGCCAUGGCGCCACCUGUCAGAAUUCCAACGGCAGUUACAAGUGCAACUGCAAGUCUGGCUACACUGGCCGUAACUGUGAAACAGACAUCGAUGACUGCAAACCCAACCCGUGCAGUAACGGUGGCCUCUGCAAAGAUGGUGUGGAUUCGUUUGAAUGCACGUGUCUGCCUGGAUUCCGAGGUGUUAAGUGUGAGGAAGAUGUCAACGAGUGUGAAAGUAACCCUUGCAAGAAUGGAGCCAACUGCACUGACUGUGUCAACAGCUACACUUGCACUUGCCCUCCAGGCUUCAGUGGGAUUCACUGUGAGAACAACACACCUGACUGCACUGAGAGCUCUUGCUUUAAUGGGGGGACCUGUGUGGAUGGUAUUAACACGUUUACGUGUCUGUGCCUGCCCGGGUUCACGGGGAGCUACUGCCAACAUGACAUCGACGAAUGUGACUCCAAGCCCUGUCUAAAUGGUGGCAAGUGUCAAGACAGCUACGGCACCUAUAAAUGCGCCUGCCCUCAUGGCUAUAUGGGACUCAACUGCCAGAACCUGGUUCGAUGGUGUGAGUCAUCUCCCUGUAAACAUGGGGGCACCUGCUGGCAAACAGGGACGACUUACAGUUGUGAGUGUCAGACAGGCUGGACUGGGUUCUACUGUGAUGUUCCCAGCGUCUCCUGUGAGGUGGCUGCCAAACAGCAAGGAGUGGAUGUUGGCAGUUUAUGCCAUAACUCUGGUAAGUGUCUGGAUGCUGGGAGCACACAUUACUGUCACUGCCAGGCAGGAUACACAGGUAGUUACUGUGAGGAGCAGGUGAACGAAUGCAUCCCCAACCCUUGCCAGAACGGAGCCACCUGCACUGACUACCUGGGAGGCUACACCUGCGAGUGCGUGCCAGGCUACCAUGGGGCGAACUGCUCUGAGGAGAUCAAUGAGUGCCUCUCCCAGCCCUGCCAGAAUGGGGGCACCUGCAUCGACUUGAUCAAUACCUACAAAUGCUCCUGUCCCCGGGGAACACAAGGCGUCAACUGUCAGAUCAACGCGGAUGAUUGUACGCCCUUCACUGACCCAGUGACGAAGGAGCCCAAGUGUUUUAACAAUGGCAGAUGUGAAGACCGCGUGGGGGGUUACCACUGCGUCUGCCCGCCUGGCUAUGUGGGCGAACGGUGUGAGGGUGACGUGAACGAGUGUCUGUCCAACCCCUGCGAUCCCCGUGGAACACACAGCUGCAUCCAACUCACCAACAACUACCGCUGUGAAUGUCGCACUGGAUACACAGGACAGCGCUGUGACACUGUGUUUGAUGGCUGUAAGGGAAAACCGUGUCGUAAUGGAGGGACCUGUGCAGUGGCCAGUAACACCCCUCAUGGCUUCAUCUGUAAAUGCCCACCAGGCUUCAUUGGCUCUACUUGUGAAUACGACGCAGGUGCUUGCGGUAGCCUGCACUGCCGCAACGGUGGGACCUGUGUGUCCGGCCACAAGAACCCCAAGUGCCUCUGUACCCCGGCGUUUACCGGCCCAGAGUGUCAGUACCCCACAGACAGCCCGUGUAACUCCAAUCCCUGUUACAACGGGGGCACCUGCGAGUACACGUCCGAGCCGCCGUUCUUCCGCUGCGUCUGCGCCACCAACUUCAACGGCCUCCUGUGUCACAUCCUGGACUACACCUUCCAAGGCGGCUUGGGCGCGGACAUUACGCCGCCGCCUCACGUGACCGAGAGCUGCGACGUCGUGGAGUGCGAGGAACGCAAAGGCAACAAGCUCUGCGACACGCUUUGCAACAACCACGCGUGCGGCUGGGACGGGGGAGACUGCUCGCUGAACUUUAACGACCCGUGGCAGAACUGCAGCGCCGCGCUCCAGUGCUGGCGUUACUUCAAUAACGGAAAAUGCGACCAGCAGUGCGCCAACGCGGGCUGCCUGUACGAUGGCUUUGACUGCCAGCAGCUGGAGGGCCAGUGCAACCCACUCUAUGACCAGUACUGUAAGGACCACUAUGCUGACGGCCACUGUGAUCAGGGCUGCAACAACGCUGAAUGUGAAUGGGACGGCCUGGACUGCGCCAGCAACAUGCCGGAGAAGCUGGCGGUUGGUAACCUAGUGCUGGUGGUCAACAUUCUGCCCGACCAGUUACGGAGCAACUCGUCCGGGUUCCUCCGGGAACUCAGCCGGGUUCUCCAUACCAAUGUGGUCUUCCGUAAGGACAGCCAUGGACAGCUGAUGAUCUACCCCUACUACGGAAGCGAGCAGGAGAUCAGGAAACACAAUAUCAAGCGCUCGACGGACAGCUGGAUGAAUAUCCACACCGACCUGCUGAGCGCUGUGAAGAGGAGCGUGGUCACGGUGGUGGACAGAGUGCGCAGUCGCAGAGAACUGGACCACAUGCAGAUAAGAGGAUCACUGGUGUACCUGGAAAUUGACAACCGUCAGUGUUACCAGCAGUCCACUGAAUGUUUCCAGAGUGCUACAGAUGUGGCUGCCUACUUGGGAGCCCUAGAGUCCCAUAAAAGUCUUAACUUGCCCUACAUCAUCGAAGUCGCAAGCAAGACGGAGCCUCAGCCGCCGUCUGAGCUGUACCCGCUCUACGUGGUGUUGGGUGCCCUGGCUAUGCUGGCCUUCAUCGCCGUCGGGAUGGUGGCAUCACGGAAACGGAGACGCGAGCAUGGCCAGCUCUGGUUCCCCGAAGGCUUCAAGACCAGUGAACCCAGCAAGAAAAAGAGGAGAGAACCAGUGGGCGAGGACUCGGUGGGGCUAAAGCCACUGAAAAACUCCUCAGACAUGUCACUGAUGGAUGACAACCAGAAUGAAUGGGGCGAGGUUGAGCGGUUGGAUACCAAACGCUUUAAGUUUGAGGAACAGGCGAUGUUGGACUUGGACGACCAGACGGACCACCGGCAGUGGACCCAGCAGCACCUGGAUGCAGCUGACCUACGAAUCCCAUCCAUCGCUCCCACUCCCCCGCAAGGCGAGAUCGAAAACGACUGCAUGGACGUUAAUGUCCGUGGACCAGAUGGAUUCACUCCACUGAUGAUAGCUUCCUGCAGUGGUGGGGGGCUGGAGACAGGGAACAGUGAAGAGGAGGAAGAUGCUUCGGCCAACGUUAUCAACGACUUCAUUUACCAGGGCGCCAACCUUCACAAUCAGACAGACCGCACGGGCGAGACAGCCCUUCACCUGGCAGCCAGAUAUGCCCGCUCUGACGCCGCCAAACGUCUCCUAGAGGCCAGCGCUGACGCCAAUAUCCAGGACAACAUGGGUCGAACUCCACUACAUGCCGCCGUGGCUGCAGAUGCACAAGGGGUUUUCCAGAUUCUGAUCCGGAACCGGGCCACGGACUUGGAUGCUCGUAUGCAUGAUGGCACCACUCCACUUAUCCUGGCUGCAAGACUGGCAGUGGAAGGGAUGGUGGAGGAACUAAUCAACAGCCAUGCUGACGUUAAUGCCGUUGACGACUUUGGAAAGUCAGCUCUACACUGGGCAGCAGCAGUGAACAAUGUAGAUGCAGCCAUGGUACUGCUGAAGAACGGAGCCAAUAAAGACAUGCAAAAUAACAAGGAGGAGACGCCGUUGUUUUUAGCGGCCCGAGAAGGAAGCUACGAGACCGCCAAAGUUCUUUUGGAGCACUUCGCUAAUCGUGAGAUUACCGACCACAUGGACCGUCUUCCCCGUGACAUUGCCCAAGAACGCAUGCACCACGACAUCGUCCGACUCAUGGAUGAAUACAAUCUGGUCCGCAGUCCGGCCAUGCACAGUGCACCGCUCAAUACCACCCUGUCGCCCCCUCUCUGUUCACCUAGCACUUACCUUGGCAGCAUGAAGCCUUCCGGCCAGACUAAGAAGCCCCGUAAACCAAGCGUCAAAGGCAUAGCCUGCAAAGAAGGGAAAGACAUGAAAGCCAAGAAGAAGAAAGUGCCCGAUGGUAAGGGAGGUCUGCUGGACAGCUCAGCCGUACUUUCACCGGUUGAUUCACUGGAGUCACCCCACGGCUAUAUCUCCGACGUGGCGUCACCACCGCUCAUGAGCUCACCAUUCCAGCAAUCGCCCUCUGUGCCACUCGGACACCUACCGGGCGUGUCGGAUGCCCAUCUGGGUGUCAACCACCUGGGCUUGGCCAGUAAGCAGGACCUAGCUCGCAUGCAGUUUGACGCACUGCCUCCACGCCUCUCCCACCUGCCCGUGUCGGGAUCCAGCAGUUCAGGGGGCAUGAACGGUCAAUGUGAUUGGCUGAGCAGGAUGCACAAUGGGAUGGGCCAACAAGGCCAGUGUAUGAGGAACAGCUCAGGCCAGAGCGGCCUACUUCAGCCUAGCCAGCAUGGCCUGAUGACCUCCCUUCACAAUGGCCUUCCCACCACCACCCUGUCCCAGAUGAUGAACUACCAGGGUCUGCAGAACACACACCUCACCACACAGCCAUCACAUCUCCUCCAGCCACAGCAGGUGCAACAGAGCAUGCAGCAGCAACAGAGGCAACCACAGCAGCAACAGCAAAGCAUCCAACUGCAGCAUCAAACCUCAAAUACCACCAGUAACAACUUCAUGGGUGGAGACUUGGGAGGAGCAGAGCUCCAGCAGGGUCCAGGUGGCUCCAUGCCCAUCCACACCAUCCUUCCCCAGGAGUCCCAGCUCAUGCCUUCUUCGUUGGGUCCCAGUCUGGCUGGCACGCAGUUCCUAACACCACCCUCUCAGCACAGUUACUCAGCCACCAUGGAUACUAACACCCCCAACCAUCAGCUCCAGGUCCCAGACCACCCUUUCCUCACACCCUCGCCAGGCUCACCCGACCAGUGGUCUAGCUCCUCUCCCCACUCCAACAUGUCAGACUGGUCAGAGGGCAUCUCCAGCCCUCCCACCAGCAUGCAGACACAGAUGACACAUAUCCCUGAGCAGUUUAAGUAGAGAUAAUACUUUUAUAUUCAAGGACCAUUCUUUUAAACCUUGAAUGAAGGGUCUUUUAUAUGCUUUUUGUACUAACCGUAAAACUUUUUUUUUUUUUUUAUUUAUUCAUGUUUUGAUAUUUAUGAGGUUUUUUUUUAUUACCUGGGGAGUGAGCCUUAGUUUUAGUUUUGGGGAAAAUGUAGCUUUGUUUCAUUUCAUGCCUUCUGUUAGCAGUACACUGUGGUUUCUGAUAAACACACUGGGUAUUUAUUUGUCUUAAUUUUUUUUCCAUUUCUACUUAUUGGUCGUCAGUCUUUUUUUUUUUUUUCUAUAAUACUGUAUAAUCGUGUAAAAACAAUUAAGUUUCCUUGUAAAGACUUUUUAUAGAGCACAUUUUAUAAGUGUUCAGUGUUACAAAUUCUUUUGUACUUUUAUCUCUAAAAACAAUCAAAUGAGCUGCUUUUCUUCUGUUACAAGAACAAAAAUAAUAGAGGAAGAAAGUUACUCAUCUCUCUCUUUAGGUUUUCCUGUUUCACUUUGUUUUAAUAGAAACUUUUCAUUGCAAAUACCUUUAAGAGUUUAAGUGGUUCAUGUGUAUGUAUGUGAAUUUAUUAUGUCACCUUGUCCUGGAAAACAUAAAGGUUUCCAGUAUUUUUUGUAGUUAUACCUGCAACAAGCAGAGUUGUACAAUUCCAUGGCAAGUGUGGGAGUGUAUUUGGGGGAGAGGAUCUUAUUCGUUUUAGGGUGAAUCUUUCAUGCCAGCUUGUAUAAAACAGGUCUGAGUGUUUCCCCUUUUUCAAUGGUCAUGUGGCCAAAAGUGUUCUGAUUAGAGGAGUAGUUUCUAAUGGAGCUUUCCUCUGUUUCCAGUUCAGUGUCUGAGUUUGAGCCUAUGGCAACUGUACAUAGUUCUAUUGUAUGUGCUUCGUGUGUGAAGAGGAUUUUGUUUCAGAAAUCUGAAGUCUUAAGCAUGCCUUGCAAAUUUGAGAUACUGGAGUAAUUUGCAGUAAUUUGUUUUCUAUCGCACACACAGAAUAUAUAUUUUACUCAGUGUUACUGAGAUGGAGACAAAUAUAAAAUUCUAUAACAAAUGAAAAGACAAUAUUUUACAUCCCAUAUAGAGUACAAAUAACAUAAUUGUCAAGGAUCUAUAAACUGUUAUUUAUUGACCACUAGUUUGAUAUAAAGUUUUGUUAAUGUAAAAAGGGAAAUUAUUUUCUGUCCUCUUCAAGGCAUUUGUUAUUAGUUACAAGUCCCACAGUUUUUUUUUUUUUUUAAAGCUGA